AGGCGUCGGCGGCGGCGGCGGCGGUGGAGUUGGCGGCAGUAGCAGCGGCGGCGGCGGCGGUUGUGCGAGCAGUGUGGGCUUCGACCCCGGGUCAGUAGGGCCCUUCGGGGGCGGCACCCCACUCUCCAUGCUCCAGCUGCCGCCCUCCGCCCACUCGGAGCUCAACGCCCACCUGAACUCGGGCGGGUCGUCGGGCGCGAGCUUCACCCUGGACGGCGGCUGCGCCAGCGACGCCGGCGAGGGCGCGGAGCACGUGGAGGGCGAGGUGGGCUGGGUAUGCAAGUCGUGCCGCCUCGUGUUCCCGUCGCCCGCCCUCCUGGCGGCCCACCAGCGCGCCCUCGACCACACCCGCGGCGUCCUGAGACUGACGCAGCUGCUGUACGCGUGCACCGCCUGCCGCCACCACGCCGCCACGCAGGCUGAAUACCGCCGCCACCUGGAGGGGGAGCAGCACCGCUCUGCUGCCGCCACCUCCACAGGCGCUGCGGUGGAGGACGCCGAGGUGGCGGCGGUGGUGCGGCAGAUCACGGCCCUGGCCCAGGCGGCGCACCCGGGCACGGACACCAACGCCAACAUCAACAAGGACAGCGCCGCGUCGACGCCCGGGCCGCAGCCGGCCCCGAGCCAGUAG